AUGCAUGUGGGAGCCACUGACCGAGCUUUUUCUCUAUUCCGAGAGAUCGCAGUCCAUUGCUCACGGCGGACAGCGGACAGCCAAGACUGGCAGCAAAAUACCGCACACCUUCAUAUGGAUGCUCCGCCAGUUCUUCAGUUCGUCGAACGAUAUUGCAAUCGGGCGACCAAAGCGAGGCUCAUCUUCGAGCUUUUUGUUUCCGGCUUUGAAGCAACAAGGGAACAAGGCGCGCACAGACCGCUCAGAAGGUGCUUCAGUGCCGAAUACUUGACUCAAGUUUUGAUGGGCUUCAGCAGUGGCGUGGCCAGAUUCGAACUCGUAAAGGAGUACGUGUCGAACAUGGGUGGAAUGUUCUGCCUUUAUAGGAUGAAAUAG